GAGCGCGUGGUCCUUGCGACUUUCCGAUUGAUCCCGGAAUGUGCAUGGCCUACUUCCCCAGUUAUGGUUACAACAGUGAAACCCGUCGCUGCGAGGAGUUCGUCUACGGCGGUUGCGGUGGCAACGAAAACAGGUUUGACAGCCUGGAUGAAUGCAGAAGCAUGUGCGAACAUCGUCGAAUCCGAGGCCUUUUUUAAGAACCUCGUGGGGGCCGACGAGCAUAAGCACCUCCUCGGAUCCAGAUUUCUGUCUGUUCUCUAUGCUAUAAUAAAUUCUGGUCACAUCGCAUUAUUAUUUGUUAUUUAUGGUGGCACAGAUUGUAUUUUGUAA